AUGGAACUGGCACGACAAAUGACUCCAGUAUCUCUUCCCUCAAUAAUACAAAGAAAGUGUAAUGAAUUUGUGUUGACCUUUAAUGAAAAUCGCGCAGUUGAAUUACCACGAAGAAUUAUGCAUAAUGGGGUCUGGAAAGAAUCAGAACAUCAACUUGCAGAAGUCACAAAUAGAAUUUUAGAUACUUUCCUCGAAAUGAUCGCUGAUUCGGAACAAGGUAGCAGGAAAAAAAGUGCAAGAGUACUUCUCGAUCGAUACAAAUUGCCACGAAACUGGUGCUGGCGCACAGUUGACUUACUGAUGCCAAAGGUUUCUGGCCGAUCCAGCACUGGACCCACUGGGGCACAGGAUCCCCAAAUUGAUCGCAAAAAGGCAAAAGAAUGGGAGGAGAAACGUUCGCGUAGUCAGAUACGCAUCCACCAGCCAAUCAAAGGAGAUGGAAAUGUGUUGAUCGGGAAUGUAAACAAUUCCAGACUUUCCGUUGUGGAGCCGUCCUCAAAUAAAAGGAAUCAGGAAGGAGUACAGGGUGAUAAAGUUCCAAAACGAACAAAAACUAUUGGUAAAGCGGAAAAUAUAGAUGAUAAUGGGACAGAUUCAGAAUGUAAUGAGGCAGAUUUAAACUGUGACGAUGAUUUGGAUUAUGAUAACGAUGAUGUAGAUUAUAGUAACUGCGAUAUCGAUCCAAAUAUUGAAUUAUCAGAGAAACGGAUACCAGCCCAAAGUCACUUAAAGUACCCUGAUAAAGACAGUCCAGAUAACAUUUGGAAAUUGCCUUCUGGCAAAUCUAUUGAUGAAAUAAUUCGUGGCCCUAAAAAUAUACACAAAUCGCAGAAGCCAGAAUGGAUUAAGCAAGAGGAUUGGGAUUAUUUAAAUUCAAGUGUUGAAUAUCCGCAUUACAAUUUAUCAACUGAAGUUGAAGAUCUAUUCAGUGUACUAUUAGAAACUAAUUCAUUAAAUGAGUAUAAAAAUUGUCUUUAUAAUGUCACAUUUGACCGUGAGAAAAAUAUAGAAAUGACAUUUGUAACGGAUGUCCUAUUAUGGUUUAUAAAUAAGAAUGAAGCAUUGUUGGGAACGCUUAUGAUUCAUCCAGUACUACAAUAUUUUGUGAAUUCAACCAAUCGCAUUAUAUACGUGCCAGGUGAGAUUUAUCUUAAAGCUAGUGCAAAUCAGCGAUUAUUACGACGUAACCUCAAACCUGAUGAUGAUAAACCCUUGGGCAUGAAAGUUGAUGGUUCUUUCCAGUCUCCCAAUGAUAAAGGGCUAGAAAUUGGCAUGGUUGAAUUAUCCGGUGGAUACUUAACCAAGGAUACACCUCGUUAUUUAAAGGAUCACGUAAAGGGAAAUUGGGGAUGCCGUGAUCUCCUUAAUGAAAUAAUUACGAAAUACAAUCAUGGUGACUAUAAGAUUCUGAGACGUUUACGUGUUUGGUUUUUCCAUAUACAUGGUCUUGAAGUACAAAUAUGGGGCAUGGACUUGCCCGUUGCAAAAACUUACCGAAUGUUUCUUAUUGGUGCCUUUUAUCUUCCAAUCAGUUGGGAUAACCAUUAUGAACUGGUUCACGCGUUAAGGGUUUUGCAAAAUCUUAGGAGAGGUUUAGAUGAUUCUCUUGAGGUACUCGAGGAAUUCAAAAAGUCACAUCGCCGAAAUACAAUUAUGCGCUUUCAAUCUUCAACACUAAAAAGAUAUAUAGGUGAUGCUAAGAGUUCACCGCAAAAACCUACGGGAAAAAAAUCACGCAUCAUAAAUCCAGUGGACAUUCUGGCCCUCGCCAAUUGUUCUAUGAUUAAAGGUGAAAUUAAAGUUUUAUUUACUAUACAUUGGGAUUUAGAUUUAAUGAAACGUUUUUAUAACGUGAUUAUUGAAUUAUUGAUUAGCGA